UUCUCUGGCAGCGGUUGGCAGUUUGUGGGGACGUUGGCUCACAAGGUGCACGUGGGCUACUACUUAAUGCUGCGAGUUGUACAACUUCUGGUACUAGGGUAGAUCACAAGGAUCUUCAGGACUACAACUCAAAAAGUGCCAGUCUUCAAACUACAACU